AGACAGGUUGGUGUCUCCAAAUUCACCGGGCUCCUGUUUCAGCCGCCCCGGGGGCUCCUGGUAUUAAAGCGUGCAUUUGACCUGGGAUAAGUUGUCAACAAGAGCAGCGAGCGGAGGCAAACUGGCAGGUGUACAAGUUCAUUUACAUGCAUACGUAUAUUCACGCCACUAUAUAUAGAAGUUGUCUUAGGGGCGAGCAGCCUUAAUAAGUUUCUCCACCCACCCGCCGGCCCUGCAGCAGCUCUGUGCACCGGGCGUGUGCGCGUGUCUAUAUAUACACCAUACAGGCUCUUCGCAAUCUGUAUCCGAGAGGGCUGCCCGCCGUCGGUUUGGCUGUGAGGGCAGGAGUCGUCGCAUGGACUGACAUGGCCACCGACCUCGCCAUGAGCGCAGAGCUGCCAAACAGCCCUCUGGCAAUCGAGUACGUCAACGACUUUGACCUUAUGAAGUUUGAGGUGAAGAAGGAGCCACCGGAGGCCGACCGCUACUGCCACCGCCUCCCGUCGGGCUCUCUGUCCUCCACCCCGAUCAGCACACCCUGCUCCUCCGUGCCUUCCUCGCCGAGCUUCUGCGCUCCGAGUCCGGGCGCGCAGCCCAACCAGAGCCUCACCAGCGGGGUCAACAGCAGCGGCAGCAGCAACAACAGCAGCGGCAACAACAAUCACAGCAACGCGGGCAAGCCUCAGCUGGAGGACCUGUACUGGAUCCCCAGUUACCAGCACCACAUCAACCCCGAGGCGCUCAACCUGACCCCGGAGGACGCGGUGGAGGCCCUCAUCGGUAACGCGCACCACCAUCACCACCACCACCAGGCCUACGAGGGCUUCCGCGGGCAGCAGUACGUCGGGGAGGACCUGUCCGCGGCCUCGGCGGCGCACCAUCACCAGGGCCAUCACCACCACCAUCACCACCACCACGGCCACCACGCCCGCCUGGAAGACCGCUUCUCGGACGAGCAGCUGGUCAGCAUGACGGUGCGGGAGCUGAACCGGCAGCUGCGGGGCUUCAGCAAGGAGGAGGUGAUCCGCCUGAAGCAGAAGAGACGCACCCUAAAGAACCGGGGCUACGCGCAGUCCUGCCGCUUCAAACGCGUCCAACAGAGGCACAUGCUGGAGACCGAGAAGUGCACCCUGCAGACCCAAGUGGAGCAGCUGAAGCAGGACGUGGUGCGUCUUGCCAAGGAGAGGGAUCUUUACAAGGAGAAGUAUGAGAAGCUGGCCAGCCGGACCUACUCUGCCGGUGGACCCGCGAACACGAGAGAUCCGUCCGGGAAACAGGCCAACAACGAGUUCUUCAUGUGAGAGACUGAUGAUUUGUAGCAUAGACUCUGAAUUACAACCCCACCUUAACACCCUUGUUACAUUAAUUUAUAUUUUUCUGCGUUUGUAUUUUGUUUACAGUUAUUCCCUCGAGAAAGACUUAAAAACAAAUACGCAUUAGCCGCGCACAAACGUAAUCCGUGUGUGCAUUUUGAGUCUUAACGAUGUUUUGGCAAAACUUCUGUACGCUCACUACAACCUGUCAGGUGAGCACAUGGGAUCACUUAGCGUGUAGACUUUUCUCUGGUGCAACAGAACUGGUCAGAUGUCUUAUUGAACCAAUCACACCACAUAUAACAUGACUGUCUUAAUAAUUCAGAGUGAGGGAUGUUUUUUUUUUCUUUUUUGUGUUUUGUCUUAAAACUGGGGGAAAGAAUGUUUUUUAAAAGAGACAGAUUGGACUGAAAUAGAAGCAGAAAAAGCAAUACACCGCCUCUCCUCUGGCUCCAGAAAACUCAACAGACUGUGUGAAAGCGAGGCGGUCUGUGAUGCAGAGAAGAGACCUUUCAAUAUUGCAAGUCUAUAGUUUCCCAUCCCUAUUUGCAACCCUGCAUGCAGGACAUGUAUGGUAACCUCCAGUCAUCUCCCAGAAUCCUUCCACAUGUAUGGAAAGCAUGGCCCAUGGUUCUCUCCUCUUCUAACGCUUCUCCUCUUCCUCCUCCUCCCUUCUCCUCUGCCAUCAGUAAGGCCUGGGUAUGCAAAAAGCCACACAAAUGUUCCCUCCCAUGACCCCCCGAGAGGUGCAAGGACUGCGGACAAAAAUGCAAAACAAUCUGCUACUGCGUAAAAAUGGAUGCGUCUUUAACUGCUAUUUUCAAUCAAUUUUUCUAUUGUUUUAAAAAAGAAAAGAAAAUCGACAAAAAGAGAUUAACUGAGCCAGAUUUUAGACUGUAUUUAUUUCCACCUGUACAUAAUGUGUAGAGAAAAAAAAACAGUUAACUGUGUUAUUUUACCUUUUUCUCUUUUUAAAGAAAACUGCUUUUGUUGCUUGGAUUAUUCGAAAUGUCUUAAUACAAAUGUUUGUAUGUUACAGCAUGCAAAUCGUCUAUGGUAUCCUCCUCCUCCUGAACAUGUGUAAUGUCAAAGGCAAGCCUAUACUGCACUAAGAAGAGAUCAAACUGGACAAACAUUUUGUUUUCUACCGAUAGGACCUUUGAUCUGUUACUCUCUAAAAACCUGGAUGUAAAUUUGAUGAGGUGAAAGCUUCAUUUAUUAGAUGGACAAGGACUGCAUUCGCUGCUAAAACUCUAUGCACCAACCUGAUGAUUAAAAAGACUUAGUUUCAUGGUUCUUUUUUUUUUUGUUGUUGUUUUUUACUUUAUUUGUAGACGAGAAUUUUUAGGGCCUGCGGCUUUAUUGUGCAGCCCGGUGUCUUAAUAAUAAGAUCUUGAUAGGAGGAUGCUUGAUUGUUUGAAAAGAGGAGACUUUGCCUGUGGUAGAGCUUACUGUUCUUGGAGUAACUCGAUGCAUUAUUCUGUCAACAAGAAAUCCCUGGUUCGUGUGUUUUCUGCUGCCUAGAUAUAUGUGCAAUAUUGUGCAGAAGUGUCCGACGCUCAGACUACCUGUUGGAUGGCGAAAACUUGCAGGAAGAGAGAGGCUGAGAUUAUAACAUUUAAAUCCAAAUGCAUCAGAAAAACAUGUUGAAAAUGCAAAAUAAAUGUGAAUUUUAUAUUUUUAUUUGUUGCUCUCCAAAUGCUCGAUCUGUUAUGGGAGCCAAAAGAACAAAAACGAUCAAAAUCAAUCUUGCAACACAUCUGCAAAUUAAUCUUUUCUUUAAAACAAUUAGGUACCCACUGUCUCCCUGCAGUAACUUUGUUUUAAUUUGAUUUUUUUAGGUUUGAUAUGACCUCAAAUUUUAGUCAUUUUUACAAAAGCAAUUACAGCCUAAAAAAUCCUAAUUUGAUUUUAAAGACUGCGACAAAUAAACAGGAGAUAAAAAGGAAAGUAAACUUCUGCACAGUGCUGUUAAUGUAUAUCUGUACAUAUAAUUUCUAUAUUUAUUCAAUGAACGUGUCCUAACGUGUCAACAAGUGAAAAACCUACAAAGUGGAACGUUGUUGAGAAUCUUGUUUUCAUAAUGUUUAAUAAAAAGUUCUGUCCCAAA